AUGUCCUCGCUUGUCGUUUUAUCGUCUUUUCUUUACCUUGUUGUUGAGGUAAGGCCAAGUUAAGUUAGUAUGCCUUACUUUAGUUUGUAACAGAUGCCAAAGUGUACUAUCGAAAGCUUCCUCUUCGCUUUAAGCCCAUCAGUUAUUCAGCCAUGGUCACAUAUAACAAUGUGGCCGACAUAAAUGAUUGUGUUGAUCUACUAGCACCUCAAAAUGUCGCGUUCAUUUACUUUUCUUUAAGCCAGCUGGUGUGCGAAGGACAUAUGUAUACGGUAGCGUACGGUUUUUACACGGAGGGCGAGCAAAAUGGUGAGAGAUUUGACGAGUGAAGAAAAUAAAAAUUUUUUACUGUUUCCUUUUAAGGUACUAGCCCCGUUGACUAUGUUUAUUACGUCAGAGAUAUCGUUAGUUGUGGAUGUGCCAGUGGGAAGAGGACGGAACAGUUGCUGGCUCAAUACAGUGAGAUUUGAACCAUUUUUGGCUGAAGCAUAAUUUCAGCAUUCUUUGAAAACAUUUGCCCACCGUUUUACAACAUGCAAUAUGAUCCGGCGACCAGGUAUUGCUUUGAUCAGGUGAGAUAAGGGCCUAGCUUCUGUCACCGUUAAAGGCUUUGGUAGCAGGCGUUGCGUUUUCCGUUGUUCAAAAUUGCAAAAAGCAAGAUUAGCUUUCAAGUAAAUGAUGCGGUACCUAUACAUAGCUUCCGGUCAGCCCAAAGUCUAUUUGCGGUCCAUUUUCGACCUGCGGGCCGGCUCUGCAUGUCGAACUACCUGUUAAAAAAGUUGUUUAAAAUUGAAAAAAAUGACAAAAAAAAUUGAAAUUGUAAAAAAUGAUUGUCAAUACAACGGUGGCUCAGAUCAGAAGCAGUUUUGGUUUUAAUUUUUUGUAGCAUGUAAUUAGCUAACUACAUAUUUGCUAUAGCAUUCUGGACCGAGGAAAUGAUGAAGCAGGUAAGGGCCGGGCCGACUAGGUCGUAGAGCCAGCCAUAUGUAUAUAGCACUGUCCCAACGGAAACAGUUUCGUGCAACACAUACAUAAUAAUAAGCCCUCUUCCAGGCCUCCGAGCAAAAUAGCAGCAGCCUAUAUGGGAACAAAUUCUCCUUCUACCGAGUUGGUGUGGACUUCAGUAACAAUGUGUUCAUGUUGAAUAGGGCACGUAAGUGACGGCAUUUCCAACAACACACAUCGUUAUAAGAGGCGAUGCAAACAGUAAAGUACGACUGUGACGGCUAUCUUGCGUUCGCCACCGUAUACAACAACCAGUGGUACUGUUAUAUGGUGGUGACCACGGGAGUUAUAGAUGUCACCGCGGUUACAAGGAAUCUAUGCCCAGAGGGGCUGAAAGAUGGGUAUCCGAUUAAAAUCAUUCAUCCGCUGAUUUACGGGCAAAUUCACUGUAAGAAAUAUGUUAUAUUUUAAUAACAUAUUUGCAGUACAAAGCUACGACGAGUUCAUAACGGGUAUUGUAACUUACAAUGGAUUGAAUUACACGUACUUUGACAACACAACGUUACCGAGCGGUUUACGUUGGGCGACAGGAGAGCCGGCGGGAAAGCCAAUGGUCAUUGUCAGCGAUCAGUUAGGUAAGUUGCAACGGUUAGAGAAGCAAUGCUAUCGAAAAAGUGACUUUUGAAUUUCAGAGCUUGUAACGGUGACAAACAGCACCUCUGGGACAUUGACUUGUUUAGGACCGGUCACUGCUUCUAAAAAAACUGGUUUAACUUAA